GAAGGGAUAAAGGAUUGCAGAGAAGAAAAAAAACAGAAGGAAAGAUUAACUAGACCUAGCAAGAAUAGAAAUUAAAGAUAGAUAUGUGGAAAUUUUUAUUCAGUUAAUAGAGAGAAACAGAAAAUAAAGUUCAAAAAUCAGGUGAGGAAUGAAAAAGCAAGGCAGAGGAGCAAGAAAUUGAAAGCACUUUACACAACUUGCCAGUGUUCUAGUAAACAUCUAGCUCCCUGACUCCAGCACACUCUACACUCUUCGAGUCUGAGGCAUAAACACUACAGGCAGGUCACUGCAUUUCUUCAGGAGCGCUGGAGGGAAGUGAAAGAUCUGGGACUGUGAGGGCCAUGCUUACCAGACUCUGCUGACCUAACAUUUGUUUAUACCCAUGGAGUUAAACAGACCCUCCUUUGUGCUCUACCUACUCGUUUUAUGGAAAGGCCUCAGUGACUCAUUCAACAUUAAUGUGAAGGAAGCCAGGAUCUUCAAAGGACCAAAAAAGAGUCAGUUUGGAUAUAAAGUUCUACAGCAUGAAGUGGACGGUCAGAAAUGGUUACUGGUCAGUGCACCACGGGAUGGUAUUGCAAAGAGCAAGAAUGGCGACAUAUACCGAUGUCACAUAUCCAAUCGAAGGAGCUCAAACUGCAUGAAAAUAAAUUCUGGGGAGGCAGCUCUGAAAAACAUCUCUGAUGAUAUGAAGAACAUGCACUUCGGAAUGACACUGAAUCGGAACUCCCAGGGCUUCCUGGUGUGUGCUCCCCUCUGGUCCCAGCAGUGUGGAAGUUCCAUCUACAACACGGGAAUCUGUACAAACAUCAGCUCCGACUUCCAGCCUUCAGGAAUCAUUGCACCUACCGCACAAGAUUGUGGUGUCUCCAUGGACAUUGUGAUCCUGUUGGAUGGAUCAAACAGUAUCUACCCCUGGCACGAGGUACAGAAGUUCCUCAGCAAUGUCCUCAACAAAUUCCACAUUGGCCCCAAGCAGAUACAGAUCGGAGUGCUGCAGUAUGCGGAGACGGUGGUUCACGAGUUCAGUCUCAGCGAACACAAGACUGCACGGGAGGUGGUAGAGGCUGCCAGAAAUAUCAGCCGACAGGGCGGCCGGGAGACGAAGACGGCGAUGGCAGUCAGAGCGGCGUGCUCCGAGGCCUUCAGCCCAGAACGUGGUGGACGGGACGGAGCCACCAAAGUUAUGGUUGUUGUGACAGACGGAGAAUCUCAUGAUGGGCUGGAGCUACGUGACGCACUUGCCGAGUGUGAAAAGCGUAACAUCAGUCGCUAUGCCAUUGCUGUUCUGGGCCAUUACAUCCGGAGACGCAAAGACACAGAGACCUUUAUAAAAGAGAUCAAAUUUAUUGCCAGCGACCCAGAUGAGAAACAUUUCUUCAAUGUCAGCGAUGAGGCAGCACUGAACGAUAUUGUGGAUGCUUUGGGGGACAGAAUAUUUGGGCUAGAAGGAACAAUUCAGCAAAAUGAAAGCUCGUUUGAGCUGGAAAUGUCACAGGCCGGAUUUUCAGCCCAUGUUUUGGAGGAUGGGAUCCUGCUCGGAGCAGUCGGAGCAUAUGACUGGAAUGGAGCAGUCGUGAAAGAAAGUGCCCAGGGCAAAGUCAUUACAUCAAGAGAAGCCCUGAGCCAAGAGUUUCCCAAAGCUUUGAAGAACCAUGCAGCCUACCUCGGCUACACUGUGUCAUCUGUGAGGCAGAGGAAUGGUCAACGUGUCUAUGUCGCAGGGGCUCCGCGAUUCAAACACAAAGGCAAGGUUAUUCUCUUCAAUCUGGACAAAGGCGGGAAUCUGACCAUUCAUCAGUCCCUGAUCGGAGAACAGAUCGGAUCCUAUUUUGGAAGUGAGGUUUGCCCUGUGGACGUGAACGGUGACAGUGUGACAGAUGUACUGUUGGUCGCAGCGCCAAUGUAUCUGGGAGCUGGCAGCAAGGAAACGGGGAAAGUUUAUAUUUACAGAGUGCAGGAGUUUUCCCUCUCGUUCAGUGAUACUCUACGUGUCAGUACCAAACCACAGGACUCUCGGUUUGGGUUCACCCUCAUUGCGGUUCCUGACCUUAAUUACGAUAGGUUUAAUGAUGUGGUUGUUGGAGCCCCCUUGGAGGACGGUCACCGGGGUGCGGUGUACAUCUACCAUGGACAUCAAGACACCAUCCUCCCGACUUACAAGCAGAGAAUAGCUGCUUCGGCUGUGGACCCAGGACUUCGGUAUUUUGGGCGCAGUGCAGACGGCCAGAUGGAUGUGGACGGGGACGGACUGAUCGAUGUGGCGGUGGGAGCUUUCGGCAAGGCUGUGGUAUUCGGGAUACUCCGUGUGGUCCAGGUGAAUGUCUCAGUUGAGUUCAGUCCAGCCUCCAUCAAUAUGCUACAGCGAAACUGCCAGAGAAAUGGCAAAGAUGUCACCUGUGUUACUGCCACAGUCUGUUUCAUGGCAAGGGCUAAAUCACCUGGACUAAUCAACAGCACUCUGGAUCUGCAUUAUAACGUUGUGUUGGAUGAAAAGAAAUUUGCUCCCAGGGCCUUGUUUGAUGGAGAUGACCAGAGGCAGACACAGAAUGUUACCCAUAUCCUGAUCGAUGGCCAGAUGUGUCAUAAGCUUCAAUUCCACGUCAUUGAUACAGCUGACUACAUUCGGCCCAUUGGGUUCCUGCUGCUGUUUAGUCUGGAUGAACAGCCAUUGGGGCCAGUUCUGGAUGACGGUUGCAUGACCACAGUUAGAAGCUGGAUUCCCUUUUUUAAAGACUGUGGGGAUGACGAUGAGUGUUUGACGGAUCUCACACUUCAGGCACACCUGGAUAUUUCUGGAUCUAGACAGAGUCCUUACAUUGUGAGGAACAGUCGGCAGCGAGUGUCAGCGAUAGUGAAGCUGGAAAACAGGAGGGAAAAUGCCUAUAAUACCAGCCUCAACAUCACCUUUUCCAAAAACCUGCUCUUCAGCAGUCUCCUUGUGAAGGGUGACACACAAAAUAAGGUUGAAUGUCUGGUGUAUUCAGCACACCACAGAAUCUGCAACGUGAGUUUCCCAGUCUUCAGAUCAUUGAUGCAGGUGUCCUUUCGGGUGGAGUUUGAGUUCCAUUGUUCACUCCUCUUGGAUGAAGUGGAGCUAUACCUCAAUGUUACCAGUGACAGCACUGAGAUGAAUGAAACCCUUCAUGAUAACACAGUCUACAUCUGGGCUGCAGUCCGGUACGAGUCAGAUCUUCUCCUCACCAGUGAAUCCAGUCUCCAACGCUAUGAAGUGCAGCCAGUGACCGAGUCAGUGCUUGAAGAAAUUCAUCCCGAGUUCAAGUACAUCUUUAAGAUCAAAAACCUUGGCUGUUUUCCUGCUGAGGAUUUGGAAGCUAAGAUCUACAUUCCGACCAUGACCAGCGCAUACUAUCACAUUUCUGCAGUGACCACUGCCUUUACCAAGCCGGUCACUGGGAUAAAUUGCUCCAUGGAUAAUGCUACAGAUCCACUGAGGGGAAACCAAGACAUAGCCACACACUUACUUCCCAGAGAUCUCCGACAUGUGGACCGCCUGGACUGCAGUAACUCCUGGUGCAACACACUCACCUGCCACAUGAAGACACUAGACAGGAAUGAGGAGAUGGCACUUCAUGUUGGCUACAUGCUGUAUGGCAAAUUCUUCAGGACGGCAAAGUUCAAAUCCCUGAAGAUCGUGACCACCUUCACUCUGGAUGUGCGGACGCCUCAGGUCCUGACCGUUACAGAGACGGCUCGGUAUCGAGAGGUGACUUUAGAGCUGAUCAAACCAGUGGUGAUUGCCGUCUCUCUGUGGAUUAUCAUCGGAAGCACGCUUGGGGGUCUCCUGCUGUUGGCUCUCAUUGUCUUUAUUUUGUGGAAGUGUGGAUUCUUUAAGAGGAAACGGAAGGAGGAAGAAAGUGAGAACAAGGAGGAUGAUGAGAAGAGAGAGUGAGGCUGAGGCUGCUCCAGUGCAGCACCCAGUAUGCUGAGUGUCAGGAAUCUCUGACAUACCCACGCCGUCCCAUCGAACACAGACUGACCGCUGUGCACUUCCUUGAAGCUUUUUUCAAUUUGCAAGUACCCUUCAAAGGGGCCAUGUCACCUUGUCCAAAACUCUUGGGACCAAUCCAGGGUGGGGUGCCAGGAAACUAUGUGUGUUCCAAUGGUUGUGACUUACGAGACACAAUCUGUAUGGUGGAUUUUAUUGCAUCGUUCAAAGGUUGUUCCUGUUAAUGCGUCAGGUAGAUUCAGCAAUGUGGGGUGUCCAUUCCUAUUGUCAAGCAACACAGCCCCUUUCAGCCAGUCACACCCUGCUAACCCCACCCCACUGAGGCUGCUUACUACAUACAGCCACUACCUAUUCUGCACUGUUGCCACCUUGAGAUGCGUGGCUUGUGCUGGAAAUGAUGCCAAAUGAUAUCUUUGGUUGUAAUUAAAUGAGUUGACGGUGAAAUAUGUGCUCACCUUUAUGCUGCCAACUGAGCGAGUCAGAGAUCAAACACACCAGGGGAAAUGUGCAAGAACAUAACUGCCAGCAACUGGACACCAGACACUGGUGUGGACCAGAUAACCCUAAAAUGUACAUUCACCUUUAUUCUACUGUUUUUGUCCUUUCCCCAGUCCAUGCUGUUAACUGUCAAAGGACCAAGGAGUCCUGGGACCUGUGUUCAGAUCCAGCUCACCCACGUGAUGACAAUCUUUGAUUUGCAACAGCCCCAUGCAGUUCAAAUCUGUGGGACAAACAUUCACGAGAUGAGAGUACACAGUGUUUGUCCAAGUGUUGAUUAGUCGAGGUUGGGUUUGAACGCAGACCUGUCACACCUGGAUCAGGACAGAUUGUAUCACUCAGACUGUUUCCCCCCCAGCUCGUGUGUGAGAAUGGACUGCUCCAAAUCAUCUCUCAUUUUGAUUUGAAGCCAAGUAAAAGCUGAGGGAAAGGGCUGCCUGGGUCCCCCCAGGGCAAUCAGCCAUCUUGCUUACCCCUCUCCAAUUCCAGCUUCUCACUGACACUGAAGUCACUCAGCCUAAGGAACAAAUAUUUACGUGCACUUUAUUUAAAGCUUUCAUUUUUUGGAAAUAAACAUUUAAAGAAAUAAAACCUGA